UGCUCGAGUUGUACUUCCYUCCAGAGAAAAAAUCGUCAGCUGCGAAAUCAAUGGAUUUCUGCGAAGACAAAAUUAAGAAAAUGCAGAGCUCAACUAAGGAGAGAGGAGCAGCAACAACAGAAGUUUGCAGCUGAUCACGAAGGCCCACCAAAUCCACCUCCUCCGAUUUCUGUACCAAGAUAUGAUGAAGAAGAUGGUAACAGUGACUAUGACUAUGACAUGGAAAGUACAGAUGAUGAUGGCACUAUUACUGAAGAAGAGCCAAUGACCGAGGAAGACACCGAGGGGGAGACAACAGAGACAGAUACAGACUGUGAAAAUGAUCAAAGAUCAAAAGUCUACAUCAAAGAUGACAACUUGAGGCAUGAACCAAAGCAUAUUGUGUUUUUGUCUCAACUUUUGCUAUUGUUCCAAUUUUGUCACUUUUGCAAAAGUGGCAAUCCUUUAACUGAGACAAGGGAAGUUGGAACAAUGGUAGAAGUGAGGACAACAUGCUCAAAUACAAAAUGCCGGAAAGACUACACAUGGAAAAGCCAACCAAACUUCCCAGGAACAAGAAUUGCUGCUGGAAAUCUAUUGUUGUGUUUUGGUAUUCUUUUGGCUGGAGGUUUUGCAAGUAAAGUAGUCCAAGUCUUUAGACACAUGGGACUUUCUUGCAUUACUCUCACGACUUUCUUCCACCAUCAACAAAGCAUUCUAUUUCCCUCUGUCUAUAUCCACUGGAAGAAGUAUCAGCAAACCCUAUUUGAAAAACUCAAGGCUCUUGGGAGAGGUGUUGUAAUAGCUGGUGACGGAAGGCAUGAUAGUAUGGGGCACAGUGCUAAGUGCUGUGCCUACACACUAUUUUGCUGUACRUUGCCUUUCAUUUUACAUUUCACAUUGGUGCAGAGAAAUGAAGCUCGAAGUAGUACCGCUAUGGAGUACAUGGCAUUCAACAAGUGCAUGACUUUCAUUCUGGGAAGUGGAAUAGCCAUAGCAUCAUUCAUAUCUGACAGGCACACCUCAAUCACCAAACACAUGAGAGAAAAACUGGGACAUAUCAAGCACUACUUUGAUUUAUGGCAUAUUAAAAAAAAAAUUCACAAGGUUUUGUUGAAAAUCUCAAAGGAGAGCAAGUGUGAGGCAGUGGUUGAUUGGAUAAAGCCAUGCACUAACCAUUUCUAUUGGAGCGUCACUACCACUAUAACUGGAAGCGGAAAAGGCAUCUGGGCUAAGUUCAGAUCCUAUCUAAGCCACAUCAUUAACAAGCAUGAAAAUCUGGAUGACCCAUUAUUUAAUAAGUGUGCACAUGGGAGAGAUAUUCCACAACGGAAAUGGUUGCAAAAAGAUUCCAUAGUUUAUGAGAAAAUAGAGAAAGCUCUUAUAAAACCACGGCUGAUUGCAGCAAUUGAGAAGGCAUCAACUGAAGACCAAACUAGCUGCCUAGAAGGUUUUCAUUCUGUGGUCAACCACUUUGCUCCUAAAACGAUUGGAUUCUCAUAUGUUGGAAUGUUAUGCAGAAACAACACCUGUAGCAGAACCACGUCAAACAGGGGCGAGACGCAAUCCUUGCUGCUCAGCUUGCAAGAAACCAAUGAAGGGGCACAAAAAUGUCUUGGAUUGCCCCAAAAACAGCCCUUCAAAUUAGUGCAUUACCAUGUAAAUAAUUUCAAUACAGCUAGUACGAAUCUUGGAAUCUGCAAUUCUUAAAAUGUGCAUCUAUACUGCACACUCUAAUAUUCGUAUACACUAUUUAAUAUUAUAAUUACCUAUGUCAAAUAUUCUUCUUCCUCUUCUCUGAAUGUUAUUUUUCUAUCUAGAUAACCAUGUACCAAAUGGGUAAACUUUCUACGCUUCUUAGAAAUCUGUUGAAAAGUACAAAGAGACCAAAGUUAGAAUGUAUUUUCAUGGGUACCGAAAACAUAACAAGACAGAUUUUUCGGGUGAUGUCAAUAAAACUCGGCGACGAA